AUGUUCAGAAAGAUCCAUUCAAUCUUUCACCCCAACUCCCAUAGGAGGAGCAUGGCUGAUGAUAUCCCUUCCUAUGAUGGCACAGGCUCUGCUGUAAGGCUGAUCCGCAGCACCUCUAUGUACACUCUUGGAGGUGAGCAGCAGAGACUCAGUGAAUCCUUGAAAAAAUGCAAAAGUACCACCAGUAUAGAAUCAUGUGCAUACUUCCAGCGGAAAGAGGAAGACAGGGCCUGGAUGUACUCCAAGACUCAACAUUGCUUGCAGUACUUACAGGAUCUAUUAGCUUUGAGAAAAAAAUACCUUGACAGCAUCAAUGACUUAAAAUCCGUGAACACGACAUCAGAAAUUUCUCCGGUGUCAACAAAAUCCUCCAAAAUGGGGAAAAAGCCACUACCCCCACUUCCUACCAGGCACUCCUCUAAGAUAUCAAUGGAGAAAAGAGUCCCACAGUCCAAUUCAGAUGUAAGAGAGGCAAUAGCUUUCUUGGACUCGGUGAUUGCAGAUCUGGAUGCAGAGAGAUGGCAGAAAGUUCCUGUGACAGAUCUCCCAAACACGGAUGUUGACUUUGAUGUUGCUACCAGCACUCGUGAGCACAGUUUACAUUCAAACUGGAUUCUCCGUGCCCCUCAGAGGCACUCCCAAGAUGCCUUGCAAAUAGCAGAGGCAGCAAGCCAGUCUAAAAGAAACAGCCAGAGAAGAACAACUGGCUCCAGAAAGAGAUUGGAAAGAUAUCCGAUUUAUUUACCCAAAGCUGUGGAAGGGGCAUUCAGCACUUUAAAAUUUAAACCAAAAUCAUGUAAGAAGGACUAG